AUGACUGUGCAGUUGCAGGUGACUUAUGGCUCUUUUGACUACACCUCCCUCCUGUACCUGUCUGACUACGGCUCUGACUUCACCGGAGGAAGAUUUAUCUUCAUGGACCAAAAUGGCAACCGGACAGUGGAACCACGUGCAGGACGAGUUUCUUUCUUCUCCUCCGGGUCGGAGAACCUCCACCGCGUGGAGAAGGUGACAUGGGGGACACGCUACGCCAUCACAGUGUCCUUCACCUGCGACCCUGCACACGCCAUCUCGGACCCUGCCCUGCCUUGAGGCUCCCACGGGUGACGGGGCUGCCCAUUGGCUCAUGACAAGCCCUGCAGCAAAGGGGUGGGGGGUAGAGGAGAGAGACAAGAAAGGAAGAAGUGAGAUUUUAUAUGGAGGUUUUACUCGCAGCAGUGGUUUACUGCAGCUGCACGGCCAAUAUCUGUCAUUUUCUUUUAUUUUCAGAUAUUGAUUCGCUGCCCCUUCCUGAUUGUGCUACAGAAAAAAGGCACAUAUGUUCAGCUUCUCUUCUAUAGAGGUGCUUUCUUAUUUGUAACUGACUCUAUUUUUAUCCAAUUUUCUAUACCACAUUCCACAAUCUUUCCCCCUUGAUCAUUUGCGGGGUGGCUUGAGCAGAAAUUGCUUCUCAACUGAAAGGGUUUCAAAGAGGCUAAAGCGGGAUUGUGUGUUUUCUGUAUGUCACGCUGUGUUUUUCAUUUUAAGGGGACCUGUCAAUUCCUUGAAGAAGAGAUAUAAAUCUGGUGAAUCACCUAUUGAAUCAACCUCUCAUCACCAACACCCCACCCCCCACCCCACCUGACACAGGAGGUGUUUUCUUCUAAGAAGAACCCUCUCCUUUUCCAAGACUGAUUGCUCUUUCUACCGUGUUACCAUUUACUUCCAUGUGGUCAGUGAGGACAGCUUCAAAUAAAAUAUUGACAGAACCUGAAAA